CUGGAAAUGAAACAUGUAUCGGUCGGUGUGAUCUCCCAUGCCCAGCAGUUGAGCGGAUUUGCUGUCGACUUCUGUAGAAAGUUUGUUGAAGGAGUCUGUAGUCGGGGUACCUAGUGGUAUCAUAGGUUUGUUGAAGGAGUCUGUAGUCAGGGUACCUAGUGGUAUCAUAUUUACUCAUCAUCUGGGAAGCAUGUGUUCAAGAGACAAGAAAGUACUUGAUGGAAUUUUGUUGCAGUCGCUAAUUCUCCAAGAAACGUAAGAUGUAGUCCCAAGAAGACUUGAUUCCCUUACCAAACAACAGACAACUAUCCAACUAUCACAAUGCCACGCAGAAAGAAACUCAUUGAGUCCUCAUCAGAGUCCUCAUCCAAUGAAGACUCAGAUGAGUUGAGUGAGUUGAGUGACUCUGGAGACUCAGACCAAGACUCAAACAAUGAGUCCAGGGUGUUCUGUAAGUGCAGACAACCCAACACAGUGGAUAUGAUUGGAUGUGAUCGGAAGGAUUGCCAGUAUGAGUGGUUCCAUUUUACGUGUGUUGGGAUCGACCGCAAGAAAGUACCCAAGGGAAAGUGGUUCUGUGAAGACUGUGUCAAGAAACAGGAAGAGGAAGAUCCCCGUAUUCCAUCAGGACCAUUUGUGUAUCCAGAUACCAACAACAGAGAGCAGAAAAACUCCUCAAAUGAACCAUUUUCUCCAGUUGAAGAUAUUGAAACAAAAGAUAUUUAUAUUCUUCCAACGCCUGGUGAUCCUCUGAAAAAAAAAGGUUAUUUUGGAACAACCAUUGCCAAGUCAUCUAUGGUCAGCCUGACUGACACAAAUGCUAAUAACAAGAACUUUACAGCCGCUGUGGAGAAUGCUCCUACAGACACCACUUUGCAGCAGUCCCUGAUGCAAGAGUCUUUGACUCAACACUCCAUGACUCAGCACUCCUUGACUCAACAAUCCUUGACGCAAGAAUCCUUGGCUCAACAAACUUUGACUCAACACUCACUGUCCCAAGCAGAGCAACAACAUGAAUCUAAUUUGAAAGAGGCCUGCAAGUAUGUCAUUCAUAAUGGAGUGAGUGUCAUUGAUGCAGCUAAACAGUUUGGUGUUGGGAGAUACAUGCUAGGUGACUGUGUGAAAGAUGAGCUGAAAGUCAAUCUUAAUAAAGCAUGUGAUAAUGUCUUGAGAGGUAAGAUGACGAUAGAGAAAGCUGCAUCAGUCUAUGGAGUUAUUCCUGGUAUUCUGAAUGAUAGAGUCAAAGCAGAGAAGGAUAUUCUACAAACUAUGCACAGUGAACAUUUUCCAAAUAAACUUGUAUCUAACAAGGUACAGGAAGAGAACCUUCAACAAGCAUGCAUGGAUGUGAUGUCUAUGCGUAUGACCGUCAACGAAGCAUGCAAAUGCUAUAAAAUCAAACUACAGAGCCUUAAGAAUAAAAUACAAUCUGUUUUUGUUUUAAGCACUGCUGAGGAGAAUGAUCUUGUCAGAUUAAGUGUACGGAUGGCUGUGCUUGGUCACACUGCACAUAUUAAGAGCACAGUGUUUGCUAAGGUUAAAUCAUUGCUGGAUGAAGAAGAAGCUAAUGGGAUUAAGAGAAUUCAUUGGUUUCCAGAUAAUACUCCAACUGAUAUGUGGUGGCAAGUCUUCUGUAGUCGCCACCCAGAAUUCAACGCAAUAUCAAUUAACGAAUCAAAGCAAAUGGUUGGCUCUAACACCAUUUCACCAAGUGGUGAUCAACCUACUGAUCUCAGCUUAGAUUCAAAUAACAUCAGCCUUGAUCUUAAGACUUCAUCACAAGAAGGCCAACCCUCAACAGAAAAUCUGUUUUAUGUUUUACCAACGGCAGUCAAUUCCACUCCUCAGUUUGUUGUUGUUAGACAAGACAAUCUGGAUUCUCCAAUAGUAAAGUCGGAUGGAGUUAAUGAUAGAAACGAUUUUAAAAUGAUAGGAAACCAAGAUUCUGAGAACUUUGUGAUUGAUCUUAGUUUGAAAGCAGCUAACUUUGACAAUAGCCAAGUCAUGGAAGAUCCAAUGCUUGGGGUUGCAGCAUGUGAAGUUGUACAGGAAGACAUCUUAGUUCCAUCAACGAGUGAGAUGGAUCAGAUGAUUGUUGGAGCUAAUGAAGAGGUUCUACCAGACACUGAUGAGGAAGAUAAGGACAAUGGAGCUCAUAAUAAUAGAAUUGUCAAUUCUAGCUCUAUGACCACAGGCGAACAGCCUGACUCUGCUGUUUUACAAGAUGGAUUAAUUCUUGGAGCUAAUGAAGUCAUUCAGACAGGUGAGGAGAUGGAAGAAGUUGAAGGGAUUCAAUCACUGACGACAGACGCCCCGACAGCACAAGCCAGUCUUUCUGUUGAUGGUUACACUCCUCGGUGUAAGUCACAUGCCGCUACGACUGGGAGUGUAACAAGCAGUCCAAGUAUCCAGGCCAAUGUUUUGUGCAGUACUGAUACCCAGUCUAAGCGAAGUUAUUCUACAACAAACCAUUCGGCUAAAGGUGAAAUGCCAAGGCUGAUGGUUUGUACCAAUCAGGUCAAACAGCCAGGUCAGGUCAUCUACCAAAGUGACGUCAUACAACCUAAUUACCUCAUUAGCAAGAAUAAAAUCAAUCAAAAGCAAGUAUUGGUCACUUCAAAGGAUGGCAUAAAACACUCACUGGUUCUGAAUCAAAGUCCUGGGGCUUCAGCAGACACUAAUAAUCAAAACAAGCUUCGGUAUUUAUCACUUGCAGAAUUCCAAUCCAAGAAACUAAACCAGCCAAUCAAAUAUAUACUCUCUCGUACACCAGUAGCUGGUCAGGCAGUAUCUUCAACUGAGCCCACACCAUUAAACAUGAAUCAUUCAAACUCUAGUUCCAACAUCAGUUUGGGUAAAAACUCCAAGAUGUUUGAGAGCUACACAGAAAGGAAGGACCCACGGAUGUUUGUAGCCAAGCAUAAUGUGGAUCAAUCUAUGCCUGAUGCUCUGUCUUGCUUAGAGAAGACUCUGACUAAGGAACAGAAAGAAUCCUUUAUGUUUCGUUUAAAGAUUGGUGAUAAUAGUGAGGAGGAUUUACGCUACAAUGCCUGGAAAGCACUGAGGAGAUUGUAUUGUCAUACUGAUAUAUGUAACUUGUAUGAUAAAGUAUCCAGACCAACAUUAGAGUCAUCAGACCAUUUGGAUACCCCGAUAGCUUCGAAGCUUCUACGCCUUCCGCUGAUGGCCCCCUCGGAUGAAAAAGAGUUAAACAAGAAAGCCAAGCAAGAUUCCUCGGAUGUCUCAAGAUUGUUGGGGGAACUACACCAGGGUCGUAAGAGGAGACGUAUAACAUCAGUGCUGACUAGUAGGGAAGCCAAGAGUAGGAAAUGGCAAACUAAAAAGAAGAUGUUCUUAGAACCUUGGAAGUAUAAGAUGGAGAGACCAAGUAGACGUAAGAAUAUUGCAACCAGUUAUUGUGAAGAUGGUUUUGUAAGAGAUACAGCUACAGAUGAAAUAUCUCCAAUAAUUCGUAAUGAGUCAGCAUCGUAGCUUAUGACUGCACGUCUGCCAUUGAUCAGCAAUACUAGUCUAGUGUUCUAGCCACAUUUCAGCUCAGUUCUAUUCAAAGUACAUAUCUUAAAGUCAAGAAAACAACAUCCAGUUUUCAACAUUAAUGUCUCUGUUAAGUCGAGUAUAAUAAAUUUUUCUGAGAGUUCUUUCCUGUAAACAGGGUUUUUCAAUACUGAUUUACAUUUGUAUACUGGUUAUUGUUGCUGUUAGUGUAUUAUAACUUACUCUAGAUUUACUCUUGACACAAAAGGAUCGAAGUUAGUUUAUUUUAAUUUCAAACCACCUAAUUCUAGAUUUUCUUGUGGACAGCUUACCUUAAUGCUGGAUUGCUAUCUCUGAUAACAACGUCAGAACCAAACAAAAACUGUUUAGUGUAUACCCCCAUGUACCAAAUGAUAGCUAACAUGGCUCAUAACUUCAUGAAGCUGUUGAAAUUGAAUCUAUCUUCAAGUACGCGCUAAUCCUUCAAUCAAAUUCGCAGAAUGGAGUGGUGACAAAAACCUAUAUU